GGGUCAGGGGUCAGACGGGCCUCUUCCCGUUGGCCAUGGUGCAGCUGCGGCCACGUUCGUCGCGUGUCCCCGCGCCGGCGGAGGCGAUGGUGGACGAGGAGCAGCCGGGCUCGGAGGAGGAGGAGGCGGAGCAUGGCCUGCUCCUCGGGCAGCCCAGUAGCGGCGCGGCCGCCGAGCCGCUGGACGAGGACGAGGACGGCGACGACGAGGCGCCGGAGGAGCUGACUUUCGCCUGCGCCCAGGCGGAAGCGAGGGAGGAGGAGCUGCGCGUGCGCGAGAGCGUGCGCAGGGAUAAAACGCUGCAGAAGGAGAAGAGGAAGCGGCGCGAGGAGCUGUUCAUCGAGCAGAAGAAAAGAAAGCUGCUUCCAGAUGCUGUUUUAGAGCAACUAACUACAGCCUCAGAAGCUGACAUAAAGGAAUCACCAGAAAAUGUAAAAGUUCAUUUGAAAAAGAAAAGUGAACACAUUGCAAAAGGAAGAAACUCCAAGAAAGUUAAAAUACAAAAAGUGCACUCAGGCAGUCAGACUAAAAGCUACUUGGCUGUAAGGCUAAAAGAUCAAGAACUGAGAGAUUCAAGGCAAGAAGCAGCUAAACACUUCAUCCACAAUUGUUUAUAUGGUUCAGAAUCCAAGAGGACUACUGUAAACAAGUUCCUGUCACUGAACAAUAAGAGGUUACCAGUGAAAAAGGCUGCAGCCCAGUUUCUCAAUAGCACCUGGGGUGCUCAGAAACAACAAAAUGCCAAGAGGUUUAAAAAACGGUGGAUGGCUAGAAAGAUGAAAAAGAAAACUUACAAGUGAAUUGAAGUAAAAGCACCGUGAAGAACCUGUACUUUGUCUAUAUAGAAUUUAAGUGUAUUUGGUGUAAAGAGGACUGAUGUCUCAAACUUCAACCAUUCGUAAAUCAUUUUGUAAAGGAUCAUUGCAAAAACCAUAAACGUUCUUGUCUGGAAAAGCAA